AUGAUCCCCAAGUCUCUGCUCGAGGCAAAGCCUCUUGGAAAGGUUCCAGUCAUUGUCCGAAUCCAUGGAGGGUUCCUGGUCACCGGCCACAGCCGAUACCCACCCUGGUUCGCGGACUGGAUUCUGAAAUUCGCCUCGAGCAAAGGAGCCGUCAUCAUAUCGCCUAACUACCGCCUCCUGCCAGAGUCGUCUGGAAAGGACAUCCUCGAAGAUAUGGAUGACUUCUGGGCCUGGUUCUCCAAGGGCAGGGCAGAUCUGUUGCUGAAGAAUAGUGGGGUUAAUAUCAGCCUGGACCACGAUCAGGUGCUGGCCAUGGGCGACGGUGCUGGCGGUUACCUGGCCGUCCAGCUUGCCCUAAGCUAUCCUUCGCAGAUCCAGGCCGUAAUUGCCGCAUCCCCCAUGUUGAACUUGAGAUCGCGCUUCUAUGCCGAGUAUUAUCGCAACAAAUACAUGGUAGGAAUCCAAAGUUCAAUGAAAGAAGUGGCCGAGCAUUGCCUUUGGGCGUCACAACAACAGGAUAACAUGAAACCCACGGAAGGAGAACCUCCAGCCCGACUAAUCAUGGCAUUUUCCAUGAUUCAGAAUGGACAGUACCUCGGAUACUUUGGAACCGAAGAUCGUGGCCUCUUUCCUCUGGAGAGGGUGGAAGAUCUCGCUGCUGCUGGAACCUUGCAAUUUCCGCCACUGUUCAUCUUCCACGCAGAGCAGGAUUCGGCCGUGCCGAUUGAUGGCACCAAAGCAUUGGUCGAGCUGUUACGUGAGAAGUCGCCUGAGACCAGGGUGAUGCUCCAUACCCAGGAUGGUGAACACAGCUUUGACAGAAAUGCAACCUUGGAGACUCCCUGGUUGAGCCGUGGCCUGGAAAUGAUCUCUCAGUUCUGGCUCAAGAACGAGCAGCAGCCGGCGGACAGUAAGUAG